GAAAUAAAGUAAGAUUCCGAACGAGAAUAUGCGAGAAUUAAAAAAUGGCGCGGGCAAAACAAAACUUUGAAAAGGGAGCAAUAGAACUAAUCAAGCAUUUGACCGAUUUUAAGGAAGAUGAGGAGAACUUUGGCCUGUGCUUGGAGUUUGUCUUAUCCAACUUCAGAUUCCACAGAUUUUUAGAUGUUGACAGCCAUAAAAUACAUAGAACAUUAGAGGGACUACAGCAGAAGUUAAACAUUCACUCACAGGAGGAAAAGGCAAGAUUCUUCAAAGAAUCAACUGAAAAUUUUUUGAACGCCCCAGUGUUUGAGAGGAAAGACCAUGGAAAGACUGAUACACAUUAUGGCAUUCUAUCUUUACUGUUGAACUUGGCCGAUUCCCAAACUUCUGUAAAAUUCAAAGAAAAGGAAGAGCAGCUUGCAGAAAAGGAGAAACCUUUUGACUGGUAUGCCUACCUGACAGAGGGGGAUGAGGUGUACAGACCAUACUACGGAGAUUCUCCUGACUACUCAGAUGAAGAAGAUGACUUGGGUCCCCAUGCUGAUGAUUCUGGUGUGGUUGUGGGAGAGGGGAAACAUGUGACGUUUGAAACCCAGGAACAGGACACUCUACAACCUGAUCAUGGAAAUGACUGGUUAUCCAGAAACAUCAUUGUGCAAUAUUGGAGAGGUGACCUGGAUGGCUCAUUGACACUCAAUACACAUUGGUGCAACAAACUGGCUGAAAACUGGGCCUCUUACUUAAGCAGUAGUAAUCCAGUGUAUGUUCCACCCAGUACGAUGACAGUCUCAGAGGAGCAUGUUGUAAGAGAGCUCAUAUGGAUGAUGAGUGGGGUUGCCAAUGCAUCUCUCUUUGAACUUGUUGACAAACAAUACAGAAUUAAAAAAACUGUUCAAGUUUUACACCUUACACAGGGAGCACUAGCAGAGGGAUUAAAGAACCUUUCGAAAUACAGCUAUAUAUCUCUGAUAUUACAAACAUUUAUUGAUGAUGUCAUGAGCUUCAAUUGCUAUGGUGACAAUACAGAAUGCAGCUCGACCUAUCAAGCAUUUGCCUCUUCAUUAGUGACUAGUUUGCAUCCCUUUAGACUGGAGCUAUUGGAUAUUGAGAAAAUUAUCAUUAAAAGAGAGGAGAGUUUCACAUUAAUGAAACUUCAAGAAAAGUUGAAACAUCACUUCCCACUUCUGGACACCCUGUACUACCUCUACACAAAUGGUAUAGAGUGUGUACCCAAGUCCAUGUGUAACUCACAGAAAGCAGCCAGGAUUCUCUCUACGAUAUAUGAUGCUAUCCUUCAGUCUGACAUGCUGGCUAACAACAACACUAACAGAGUAUCUACAUUGCUAUGCAUAUGGGCACAGACAUGUAGACCAUACAUUGAAAUACUAGAUGACUGGAUCACAAAUGGAUCAUUGAUUGAUCUCAAACAGGAGUUUAUAAUUCAUAGGAAUACAGGAAAGUCCACUUUAGAUGAAACAUUCUGGGAAACAGCAUUUACAAUUGACUGUACUAGUGACACUGAAUAUUCAAAAGAAAGGAAUUCUCAGUCAAAAUCUCAGUCAUCAACUGAACAAUCUAAAAGUGAUGAUGCAUCAUCUGAGCAGACUCGUAUGAAUGAACAUGCAAUAAGUGAAAGACUACAAGGUGUACCCAAGUUUUUACUGCCAGUACUAGAGAAGGUUAUUCUUGCUGGCAAAUCAAUGCAGGUAUUGGAGAAUCUUGGCCGACUCAAUGACGUUAUUGGAAGAACAGAACACACUCAAAAGUCUUUAUAUGACAGCCUCAUAGAAUCCUUACAAGAUGAGCUGGGCAGUACCAGUGAUAAUGAGAACCCCCAACCUCCAGAUUCACAUACAGUAACUGCACCCACAGAUUGCUCUGACAGCCAAGAUAUUAACAAACAGUUGUAUGUAAAAGGAAUACACAAUCCAUUCCUGAAACUGAACUUUGAAAACAUGGAAAGCAAAAAGAAAAUACAGUCAUUAACCAUAAAAGAAGAUGAAACCCUUGGGAAAUUGAAAAAGCUCAACCUUGACUGUAUGUGUCCUGUACAGCUAGCUGUACAGAGCUCUCUCCACCCUCACAUAGAACACAAGUAUCUGCAUGUUUGCAAGAGUCUACUUGACAUCCUAGUGCAAGAGUUUCACCUAAUGGAUUAUCUGGCCUCCAUGAGGCAUUUUUACUUGAUGGAAGCAAGUGACACGAUGUAUGACUUCUACAUAGACAUAUUUGACAAGUUGCGGCUACACGAGGACUGGAAAGAUGUGUCCUAUCUGAACCUAGUGCUCCAUGAUGCAUUGCAGCAACAUCAUCCUGAAGAAGCCUCACGUCUGUCAUUGUUCAUUGAUGAAACUAAGGGUGCCAAAGACAUAAAAGGACCUGUGAAUGCUUUAGAUAGCCUUGCUUUGCUGUAUAAGGUCCCAUGGCCUGUUAAUGUGGUGAUCAGCUCUAAAUGCCAGGAUUACUACAACCAAAUAUUCACCUUCCUGCUUCAAAUCAAACGUGCCAAAUACAGCUUGGAUGAACUCCGGUUUAUAGAUCUGAAAGGUCAGGAUGGAGGGCAGAGAUCAGAACAUUUGAUCCACAGAAUGCAUCUGUUCAGAAUGAAACUUCUGCACUUUGUUAACAGUCUCCACAACUACAUAGUCACAAGAAUCUUACAAAAUACGGGGCUAGAGUUCCAGGAAGAUAUUCAACAGGCUCCUGACCUAGACCAGGUCAUUAAGCUGCAUAAUACCUACAUUGCCAACAUAUAUGACAGGUGCCUCUUGCACCAGAGGGUUGCCUUUAUAAAAGAGGCAGUGCUCAAAGUUCUCAAUCUGGUGUUCGCUUUCCAAGCAAAUUGGGACAGUGGCAUCAACAGUGUCAAUGAGGAGAUCCUUUCAGAGAUGGAGCUUGACUUUUCUCGAUGUAUACAGUUCCUCACAUCAUUCCUCAACAAUGUUAUUAAGAGAGGCUCUUUCCAACACUUGGAGUCGUUGGCAUUUGCUCUAUUGUCAUCUAAUGAAACGAUCACCAUGGUGUGAAUACAAACUGGAUUUAUAUAUAGCUGUAGCUCAUGCAGUGAUCCGAGCCCAACAUUGAAGCUGCAUCCAAUACUUGGAUAAUUUGAAAUGCCUUGCUAAUUUCUCUUAAAGUAGUCAUUGGAUAUUUUGAUCUGAUGGGGCAUUUACAGUAUGCUAAUGGGUAAAUUGUCUACCUGUUUUGAGAUAAACGGCUCAGGUAACACUUUUUCAGCUAAGGGAACACCUCAUGGUUGUACCUAAAUGACUUGUUGAUGCAUAUUUAUAUUGCUAGAAAAGUGUAGUGUAUUUAUAAAAAGGAAAAACUGAAUAAUCCAAUCAAUUUCAAACAUGCUACUUUAGAAACAUAUUGUUUACAGUUGUUCUGCUACCAGUUCUGCCUUUAAAAUAGCAUUGCAAAAUGGAUAUAAAAUGAGAUAUUAUUAGUUUCUGCCUUUUCUAAGAAUAUAAUGUGACUUGCUCUGAAACUAAUGUAAGGAUGAUAAGGUAAUGUACAUAAUAUAUAUGUAAAUAAAAUAAACCA